AUGCGGUGUACCUUUGCUGGUGCAGUCAUGGCUCAGAGAAGGGGUGGUGCUGGUGGCUGCUGCCCUCGGCUGCCUGUGAACGAGGACAACGCCCGUUUUUUCUUGCUGGCCGGGCUCAUCCUGCUCUACUUGUUGUGCGGAGCAGCCAUCUUCUCAGCCCUUGAACACCCUUUUGAGCUGCGUGCCCGCCGCCUCUGGAAACAGCAGCUGGAGAACUUCACCCAGCAGUACAGGGUCAGCCUGAGUGCCCUGCACACCCUGCUGCGUCAAUAUGAGGAGGCAAAUGGAGCUGGGAUCAGAGUGGACACUUUGAGACCUCGCUGGGACUUUUCUGGAGCUUUCUAUUUUGUGGGCACAGUGAUCUCCACCAUUGGCUUUGGUAUGACCACCCCAGCCACAAUAGCUGGAAAGAUAUUCCUAAUUUUCUAUGGUCUCAUUGGCUGUGCAUCCACCAUCCUUUUCUUCAACCUGUUCCUGGAGAGGAUCAUUACCAUGCUGGCUUACAUCAUGCGCUGGUUUCACGAGCGUCGGAUGAGGUGUGUUGGGGUCGGGGUAUUGCCGGGCAGGGAGGUACCCCAUGAUGUGGAUGACAGCCUAGAAGGGUGGAAGCCUUCUGUCUACUAUGUGAUGCUUAUCCUUGGCGUAACCUCUGUGAUUAUUGCAUGCAGUGCCUCGUCGCUGUACUGCUCCAUGGAAAACUGGAGCUAUGUGGACUCUCUGUACUUCUGUUUUGUGGCUUUUAGCACCAUCGGCUUCGGAGACCUAGUGAGCAGCCAGAGACAGCAGUACGAGGCUCAGGAGGCCUACCAGCUUGGGAACUGCCUUUUCAUCCUCAUGGGAGUAUGCUGUAUCUACUCUCUCUUCAAUGUCAUCUCUAUUGUCAUCAAGCAAACCCUCAACUGGAUCCUGGGCAAACUGGUCUGCCCCGAGCAGCAUUGUCCCUGCUUCUGCUCUAAGACAAGCUGCUUUUGGCUCUGUUGCCCUUGCCCCCCCAAAAAACGCACCCGCCGAAGGCUUCGAAACACACAUCCGAGACGACAGCACUUCAAAUGCAAUGCUGUGCAGCCCGUCCCAUCCCACUGCGCCACAGGAAGACAUUGCUACACAGACACCUCGGUGGAGACGGUGUGUGACAGUGAGACCGAUGCCGUGGCCGAUGGGGUGUAUGUUGGCCGGCGUGUCUCAGGAGAGAUGAUCUCUUUGAAUGAGUUCACAGUGUCCAAUAAGGUGUCUCUGGCUCUGCUGCAAAAGCAACUGAGUGAAACAGCUCACCAGGGCUCACAGCAGUGCCACAACCACCAAAAUGGAUUUUCUGAGGGUGUGGGUGCCUUUGCGAUCAUGAAUAAUCGCCUGCAGGAGACCAGUAUGGACAGGUAG